AUGGAGUUUUGCAACCUCUGCCACUACGCCGACACGGCUGGGGUGCCAGGCGCGAACUUCGCGCAGUAUUCGAUGCCCCCUGGCAAACAAUCAGGAAAGUACCAGCAGCUGUUAUCGCAGAUGUUACCUGAACCAUCCGGUAUGAUAUACAUCGCCACUCCUGUGAACCUCAACCGUAGUUUCAGACGCACUGUGCGGAGCACUCCGACGAGGUGCGCGUUCCAGGCAAUCGAGGAAGAGAUAACAUCAUGCACGGACACCGUGGACAUGCUUACAUCGAGUCCAGAUUCCAGACAGGAAUGUGUUCUCGAUUUACCGUGCUACCAACGCCACCCCAUUGUGCUGGGCGCCUUGGCAAAAGGUGAACGCCAGCCCGUACCUGUCGCGGUCUACCUGGACGGUGUGAAUUACAUCAGUGCUGCGUCAGGGCGAACCGAUAGUACUCUCGGUAUAUGGCUUAUUAAUUUAUUAACGAGUACACGACACCUCGUGUCGGUCACGAGAAGCUCCGACAGCUGCAUGUGCGGCUGCAAAGGCUGGUGCACAAUCUACCCACAUCUAGAGGCUACCGCUUGGCAGGUGGCUGCCAUGUCCGACGGCUGCCGCCCUGCGGUGCAGUACGACGGGACGGUGUGGUCAGACGACAUGCCGUCUGGCCCCCUGUCGUACCGCGCCGCCCUGAUCUGGGUGAAAGGCGACUGGGCAGAACAUAGCAAAUCACUUGGAUUGUCCAGUUGGGCGUCAGCUUACAAUCCAUGCCAGUUCUGCGAGACGUCGCUGGGCGAACUGCACCAAUCCUACGACCAUCUCGGCCCAGACAUGACGUGGUUGUUACGGGGGCACCAUGACUACGAAACAGCCUGCGCGAGGUGUGAGAAACGCGUCACGGUGCGAACGCAGGGCGAGCGAGAGCAGCUGCUACGAGACUUGAUCACCGCCAAAGGCAAGAAAGGCAUCAACGGUAGGGUCCUUUCUCGGGAUAUAACUAUAAAUGACGUGCCUCUCCUAUGUGGGGAUCGGCUAGAGCCGUCACCGUCCUUGCAAGACACGUUCUCGCUGGAGACGUCCGAGCUGCCCGUGGCAAUAAUAUUCUGGCGAUCAACGUACGAUAACACAGGUGGCAACCGCAAAAUUGUGGACCCAGUGAACCACCGUUGUCCUUUAUUUUCGUUACGUCUUGGCACUAGCCCAGCUUGGAGCCUUGCCAUCGACUCAUUACAUUGUCUGUACUACGGUCCGAUCAUGCGCUGGGUGAGCGCAUCGUUAUGGCGACUGCUGUUGUACAACGUAUAUGCUGUGCGAGGCAACUUGGACCAGAUAUUGGAGGUCGGUGCUCGACGACUCCAGGCUGACAUGCUUCUCUGGCAACACGAGCGCAAUGUACCUCAUGCUCUCAGGCUCGGCAAGCUGACCCUCAAGAUGUUAGGUAAGAGGCUGGACCGCACAUUGGAGGACACGUUCGGUUCUCCGCUCAUCCACGCUGGCGCGUCCCUGGAGACUUUCCUGAGCGAGAUGAGGUCGCACGCAUGCGUGGUGCCGACCAGCAGUAUUGCCAUCAUGACCAACGCCAUCAUCAUUCACAUGAGAUCAUGUACGCUGGCACGCAUCACGCUCACGCCGAAGCACCACCAGACAUCGCACCUCCCACCGCUGGUUGAUGGCCUGCAGUGGGCAGCAGCUGGGUCAGCAGAGCUUGCCAAGAAUGGAAUUCGAGAGAUCAUGUUUUCCGAGGAUGGCGGCAGUGAGAUUGCCUUCUCCGCGGCCGUCGACUCUUUGAUGGGAUCGAUGGCCGCCAUCCCCCGCUCGCUCGUAUUCGCAGAGCUGUUUUCAGGGAAAGCUGGCAUCUCUUUCCACGUCGCCAGGCUCGGCCACAAGAGCGCCACCUUCGACCGAGUCGACGACGGCGCCGCCCAGAACAUAUGCACCGUGGCUGGGCUGCUGUACGCCAUGUACCUGGUGUGCGCCGUGCUCCCGUUCGGCACCGUUCACUUCGCGCCGGAGUGCAAGACGUGGUGUUUCCUCUACUUCCUGGCGGGGACCAGGAGCAUUUACGCAUCGGUGGAACAGCCGCUGGCGAGCCUGCUCUAUUUUGAUCGCAACGUACGGGCAACCCUGACGAACACGAGGUCCGAGUACCUGUUUCUCUGGAUGGGCGGAUGGGGCGGCCUGUCGAUGAAGCCCACGGCCAUCUGGAGCACUCUUCCGAAAUCACUUCUGACGCCCCUGUACAGGUCAAAGCAGCAAGCCACCGAUCGCCUGGACGGCGGCAAGCAAGCUUUGACUGUCCGCACGCCCCGCAGGACGCACUCCAAGGGGGGCUGGUCCAAGAAAGGGUGGACGUCUGGGGUCAAGCCACUCAUUACUUUAUCUGCAGAAUACCCAAAUAGUUUUUGCGCAGCUUUUGCCAGCGCCAUCGCGUCAGCGUUUUCGCCAAUCCUGUCGGCGGGCGGGCCGCCAGGUCGCAUCUGGCGCGUCACCGAUGCCACCGAUAUCGGUGACAUCGGUGACGCGGCGGUGAUGUGGCUUGCAGGCCUGGACAAGCGGUUGCGUCUCAUCUGCGACGCCAGGACUCCCAACAUGCACUUUACCACUCCAGAGCACACGGCGCUCGCGACGGGCGAGGCGUUAUCCUCGCUGGAGGCGUCAGGAGUGACUAUGAUCGGCAUGAGUUCUGGAGACGUCGAUAGCUGUUUCUAUCAAUAUGCAUUGCCGCCCUGGUGUAGGCGCUACUUCAACCUCCCGCUGAUCGAGAGUCGCUUCCUGCCUCCAGAGGUUCGGGGCGCCUGCGGGCUGACGUUGAAGAGCGGCCAGGUUCGCUUUCGAUUCAAGGUGGCGCCCAUGGGAUGGAGCUGGGCAGUGCACUUUAUCCAAGAAGCACAUCUUCACCUCGUCAAGUCAGUUUUGCCAUCGCAGCCGUGGUGCUUGGACAAGUGUCCCGGCAUUGACUUGAAGUCUGAGGAUGCCAAGGUCCUGUACAUAGACAACUUUGCUGUGCUGUCCCAGUCGUCCGACCGCGCCGCCGCCGCCGUCGCCGACAUGCAGGCGGCGCUCGCGGCCAAGGGCGUGGUCUCAGAGCUAGACCCCGCCCCAGCAGGGCGCGGCGAGCUGCUGGGAUGCGAGCUCGACUUGCAGACGGGCUGCUGGCACGUGCUGGGCCGCCGGCUAUGGCGAGUCUACGGUGCCCUCGAGCAUGUCCUCUCGGGUCGGGCCAAGGGGCUCGCCAUGCUACACUCCUCAUACGAGUUCGCGCAGGCCUCCUACUCCAAGAAGCAGCCGCUCCGGAAAAGCGUGACCCGUGAGAUGGGCUGGGUCAAGGCGCUGCUACCUUGUCUUCGGGCCGACGCCCGGCGCCCGUGGAGCGAGGUGGUCACUUGCUUCGACGCGUCCCCCUGGGGCUACGGCAUCGUGGAGACCGAGUGGGACCUCGAGGACGCGCAGCGCGUCGGCUGGGUCUCCGAGCGCGCCCGAUUCCGAGGCGUGCUCGCUGCCGAGGGCGCCCCCCGCGAGAGGGCGCUGGAGCAGGAGAUAGCGCGGGCACCGGAGCCCGCCCUCCUGCUGGCAGGUCGCUCGGCAGGCUUCCCGGAGGUCGACUACGGCAAGAUGCACGCCCGGCCCUGGCGCGUAGUCGGCUGCGGCCGCUGGAAGCGCAAGGGGGCCAUCCACGGCAGCCGCUGCCAGGACAUGCCGAGGCGGGCCGUGGUGCCGGUGCUGGCCGGGCCCGGGGGCAGGCCAGACUUGGCUGGGCGGCGCGCAAGGCUUGGCCUCAGUCACUCGGAGAGCGACUUCGACCUGAGGAGGCGCCAGCUGUGCCCGCGCCAGACCCGCCUUGCGGCUGCCAAGGUCAGGCCUCGCACGCAGGAGCUCUACCUCGGGAUGAUCUUCGGCUUGGUGCGCUGGCUGAAUAUGGCCUUCCUCCCGGACUGGCCGCGCCACACGUGGGGCGAGACGCUGGCAGAGUACGCCGAGUCAAUCUACGACCGUGGGGGCUCCAAAGCGUCUACUCAGCGUCUGGCCCCUGCGCUGCUCUGGGCGGAGCCCGCCCUCCACAGGGCUGGGAUCCGCGAGGUCUUCCCCCUGACGCACCAGACACUGAAGGGCUGGAACGUCCUGGAGCUGUCCAAAUCCAGGCCGCCCGUCCCGUUCCUGGUGGUGCGGGCAGUGGCCUGCUGGCUGUGCCGUGCUGGGAAGCCGCUCAGUGGCUUGGCCGUUCUGAUCAUGUUCGAGACCUACAUGCGCCCUGUAGUCCUGCCGCUGCCAAAGGAGGGAGGCGCAUCGAUCUUCUUGACGUUCGUGGUGCGGGCCUCGGAAUACGAGAUCCCGACCAAGACCAACGAGUACGACCUCUCAGUUCCACUCGACCUGCCCAGGCAGCAGUGGAUGGUGGACCCGAUCUCCUUCGUGCAAGCCCUUCGCGGGCCAGACGACCUCUUCCUGGGCCUGGGCUACAACCAACUGGCGGAGGACUUCCAGAGCGCGACCUCCGCUCUGGGCGUGAGCUUACUCAAGGCCACCCUCUACUCCCUCCGGCAUGGAGGGGCCAGCCACGACCGGAGCACGGGCGCCAGAGGCUUGGGCGCCGUGCAGCAACGAGGGGGUUGGAAGGCGUUCAAGUCCGUGCUGCGCUACGAGAAGCACGGACGCCUCUCGCUGGAACUUCGCAAGCUCAGCGACCAGCAGCGCGAGGCCCUCCGAGCAACAGGCGGGGACUACGCGGGCGUCUUCAACAGGUCCUUGGUGCUGCAUAAGGGCUUGGAACUUCCCAGAAAUGUUGCCUGUCCCGUGGACGUCGAUGCCGGUUCGGACGAGAUCUGCGGCUCGGACGGUGAUGUCUUUGGCUCCCCUGGCUCACCUGCGGCGUCCGAGUCGGCGCGCCAGCGUGUGCCCCGCGGGCGCCGCCGCCGCAAGGAGUUUGCGGAGUACCAUUCAGGUGGGCUUCAUUUGCAAGCGGGCUGGGUGGACCAGGUCAUCGACGGGAGUGUCGAAGGCAACCCCAUUAUCGCGAGGCUGUGGCGUAUUGGCUUUAAUGCCAUGGUGAACCAGAGCUCGCAGAAGAUCUCAAGCGAUCUCGCGCUGAUGAUGCAAAUGACUGGUGCGUAUACCGUACUCGCAGUAGAAGUUGAACAGAAGUUUGAGUACCUGCGUCGGGCCCCGUAUGCAUUUGCGAACAUUACUGUUCAAGCUGUGGCAGCUGAGUGCCUUCGGGAGUUUGAGUUGCUACCAGAGAAUCAGCACCACCGCUCGAUCAUUCGCGUCCUGGGCGCAGCUUCCCCGCUUCGAGCAGCAGUGGAGAAUUGCGCUGCGACUGGACAAGUGCUUCCCGAGCUUCAGCGUGAAGAGGAUGAGAUAAAUAUGUGCAAGCUUGCUGAGGACUCGCUGGAAGGCCUCCACCGCGCGGCAUUCAAGGAGCGGGAGAGGGCGAAUGCGGCUCUCAUCCCAUGGUUAUCGUCGCCAGCAUGCGUCCACGACAACAUUCAAUUUUACGAGUCAUUGGUUGAAACGCAGCAGGGGAAGCUUUUGUUCGAGAUUGAAUGGGCGUCAUAUAAGAGGCUGGUGCAGCCGCCGGGGAACAGGCGGUCCGUCUUGAGACCGAAACGCAUGAGUGAUAAACGUUUCUAUCAACAAGUGUUUCGUACUGGGAUUUGCCACAAUGUCGAUUGGAGCAGCAUCCACAUCGGCGCUCUUCAGGUUCACGAAGACCAUGCUGUAGUCCCUGCGCCCACGGGCGUGCUAGCGCACAUGCCACCUCGGCGCGCAGCAGCCGUGCAGUCUGAAUAUUUGUCGGCGCUGCUAGGCACUGGUACUUCCACGUACUACACGGUGAACGUUGAGGAGCAGAGGCAAUGUUUCCAUCUUGUUGGCGCGCUGUCGAAGAACAAGAAAUAUGUUAGGACCAAUUAUCGCCAAGCAAAGACCUUCGUGCCGUGCCUCGUGCAGCGCAUGGAGUUCUUGAGGCAGGGCGGAAACACGAUCUACGCAUUCGAGGAGUCAAGAAAGAUUGAUUUUCUCAGCCUUGCCCCAUUCGAAGAGCUGAUCGCUGGGCUUCGCAAGUGCGUUUUAGCUGUAUCUGACGUGGCAGGGUGCCUCGACAUCGUGGGCGAAACGCCACUUGAGUUGGAAUUGGGAGUUGAUGGCGUCCUCGCGAUCGACUGCCCUGAAUAUCUGGUCACGCGGGUAUCUGGUGAAGACGCUGCCGCUGAAGGCGGCGGCGUCGACGAUGAGAUCGCAGACGGCGCCUUCGUGCCCCUCGGGCCCGACGACGUCCCGUCGCACAUCGGUGGGUGCGCGUUGUCCUAUGAGGUGAACGUCCAGAUGGUUUGCUACGGCGUCCGCAAGUACGUGCCAGACUUGAUCCAAGACAAGUGUUUGUUUCUUCUUCCUGUGGCAAUUGCAGCACCGUCCACCGCGCGCGAGCGCAUCGGCCACUUCGUUCAGGAGUCGAUGCCUCGGGAGUUCCACGUGCUGGCGCUGAAUAUCCUGAAACGAUCGUUCUUCGACCUGACUAAUGAAACGUCCUUGCCAGACGCGAUCACUAGCUUGGUUGGCGCGGCAUUGCGCAUCCGGGUCAACACUCCGUCUGGGUGGUUGUUUUCCGCAGUGGAGCAGUUUGCUGGCGUCGGCCGCAUCGAUAAGCAGAUGAGAGAGCUCGGCUUGCGGUCGAUCGCCCUCGACAUCAAAUACGACUCAGAUCAUCUCAACAUCCUGACCAGCGUGGGGUUCGCGAUCUACAUGUGGACCUUGUUGGCGACCAAGGUUGGCGGCUUGCUCUGGCUCUCGCCGCAGUGCAGCUCGUUCGUCUGGAUUUCGCGAUCGGUGACCAAGCGCUUCCCUGACAAUCGUCUUGGCAGCCCGCAUUGUCCGCCUGCCAUCGAAGGUAAUCGAAUGGCAUUGCGGUGUAUGAUCCUCAUGAUGGUUGCCAACCUGAUUGACGUCCAUGUCGUGCUGGAGCAACCGAUGUCAUCGGUGUUCGACGAAUUACCAUUCUUGGCCGACUACAUGGCGAGGAUGAUCCGGGUGCCGACAUGGCUCGGCAGUUUCGGGGCCCCCACGGCGAAUCCUUUGAAGUUGUUCACGACAUCGGACAAGUUUCGAGGGCUGAGGCGGUCGAUAUCGAGGAUCGGUCAGCCGCUGGCAAAGCUCUACACCACCACGCAUGGCAAGACUUCUGGGAAGAAAACGCACAUGAAGGACAGCGAGAAAUACACGAAGGAGUUCGCGGCUGCGGUUAUGGCGGCAGCAUCCGGGGAGCUCGGUGGGGGGCCACCGCAAGCAGAUGUGCGCCUCGCUGAUUUGGAGGACGACAUCGGAGUCGCGGGGUCACCGCAGAAGUUGCCGCCUCGCAGGGGCAAGGGCGGCGUCGCUGGCGCCCGCGGUGGGAAGCGGGCCAGCGCCAGGGGGGGUGGCAGACACAAGAAACGGAUGAAGUUCGGCCCCUCUGACGAUGAAGGCGCAGAUGCGAACGGCGAGGGCCAGGGCGCGGCCGCGGCCGCCACCGACUGCCCGGACGGCGAGAAGCACCGCUGCCCUGUCUGCGAGCUCGAGGUGAACAUCUUCGACGACGAGACCAAGGCCACAGGGGCUGAUGCGGACGUGGUCUACUGGCACCACAAGUGCCGCGGCGCGGCCAGGUACCUGGAGAACGCCGCUCUUGCUCGCGACGCCCGGGAGCACGAUCCCGCUAAGAAGGUGCACAUGAGGAACUUGCGCGACGUGGAGAAGAACAACGUGACCCUCUGGCGGAAACAAGUGCUGGGCCUCGUCGUUGAAGACGGCCGCUAUCGGACUGCCGUGCAUAGGGGCGCUGCCACCAAAAGCUUGGACACCCUGGAAACCUACAGCAGGAAGGAGCAGCUCGACGACGUGAUCAUGCUCGACUUCGAUGAGUUCUGCGCCCACCAUGCGUUCUGGAAGCGGUGGGAUGACGCUCGGUGUGAAAUCGAGUGGGACGCUGCCGUGAACGACCCGAGGAUCCUCAAGGAGGGCGAAGGGGUGAACCUCAGGGUCCCUGUUGCUCUGCCGAAGAAGUACAGGGGCAUCCAGGGCGUCGGGGAGAGUUCGGCCAUCCAGUCCGAGAAGGCACACGAAGGCAAGGAUGACAUCCAGCGGGCCAUGCAGCGGGUGAGAUCCGCCGCGAGCGGGUCGUCUGACCAGCUUGCGAACAUGGGUGGCCAGGCUCAGGCAGCUCUUCGUGUUGGCGCAGCUUUUCGCGGCGCGUCCUCGGGUCGUGGCGACGCAGCGGUGUUCCAAGACAAUCAUUUUAGCGUCUUCGGUCACGACUUCCUCUCCAACAGCUGCGGUCCAGCCCGCGGGGGCGCGCCGCUUGUGCAUGGCGUUCCAGCGCCCUGCCUGUCCCCGGCACCUCUCGUUGGCGGCGACGGGCAGCCUGCAACGUCGUCUGGGACGGCUACGCCGCUCGUGGCCGCGGGGGCCGGUGCUGCGCCAGGAACGCCGUUCGGAAUGCCAGUGCCGCCCGCAGAGACGCUGUCGGCGGCGAAGCCCAAGAAGGUUUGGACGGGCCCAGAGAUCUCCGCUGCCAAGAAGAAGCUGGGGGUCGACAUCGCGGGCCUCCUGAAUGAGGUCUACCCGCCCAAGAGAGGAGGCUUCCUCAGGACCGCGCAGAACUUCGCCACGUCGCUCGGCGCAAAGUACCCGCAGAUGCUCAUUGAUGAGGUCGUGGCGGUAAACAUUACGGAGCUCGAGGCCGCGAUCAAGGAGAUCUCCGACAAGAAGAAUGCCGUGCCGAACUGCCCAGCGUCGAAGUUCGAGGAUAUGCAGGAGGAGGUGGCGGAUCUCGAGUCGACAGUUCAGCGCCUUGCCAGCCAGCUGAACGCAAGCAUGACUAAGAUCAAAGAUCACCAUGCCGCGACUCAGAAGAAAAUCAAGAGCGACGCCGCGAAGGAUCGGUAUCGACUCAACCAGUCAACCAAGCGAUUCACAGACAAGGGCUGCACUUUGAAGAUAGCCCAGCACCUGGACAACAUCGAGAAAGAGACGAAGAAUGGCGUGAAGGCGUCCUUGGUGAAGCCCAUGCUCGACGAUGCCGAGACGAAGGCCCUGGCGUCUAAGGGGCCCGGGCUCAUCGACCUUGCGAAGAACACGAACCUCAAUGAGCUCGUGAAGUUCUGCGACGCGGAGUUCCAGGAGAGGGCCAAGAGGCUCAUCGACCAUCUCAAAGCAGCCAACGGCAAGGGCAACCUGCAGCACGCCGUGACGAUUGAGCCUUCUACUCGCUACCUGGAGCUGUACAAUGUGCUGUUUGACAACGUCGUGGAAGGCGUCCCAGACUGCAUGCUCUUCCCCUGGAACGUCGGGAUCGCUGAGAACGCGUGCAGGUCGGGCUUCGACUGCACUGGCUUGGCGGGCCUGCCGCAGGUAGUCUACUGCGUCGCUGGGGGGGCCACGGUGCUCUUGGCUGACAUCGCGCAGCUCAUCCAGGGCGACGGCCAAGAAAUGGACGAUUUGGCCAAGCUCAUUACCCUAUUGGAAGGCUGCACGCUCGAGAUGCUUGGCGAUCGCUUGCGAUGGAUUGUGCUCGAGAAGGGCCAGCUCCUCUGGGUGCCUGCGGCAUUCGUGCCAUUCUAUAAGACCGCAACCAAGGGGGGGUGCGUCGUCUCCCAGAUCCCUGCGCUCAAUAAGCUCAACGUGGCGGCUGAUGGUCCCUUGGUCCAAACCUGGAAAAUGAUCAUCGACUCGCUGGCGAAGCACGCCUCCUUGCGGAAAGAUUGCAAUCCGUGGAAGAAGAUCUCAGACAAGCUGCCCAAACUGUGCGAUGCGAUCCAGAGGGAGGUCAAGCCCGAGCUCGACGUGAAGAAGGACGACGACGGCUCCAAGCUCGACGCAGAGAAGGGCGACGGCUCCAAGCUCGACGCAGAGAAGGGCCCCGAGGACAGCUCCAAGGCGCCCGCGGGGGUCGGCGACGGCCGCGACAGCAAGGGCACCGAGGACUGA